CACGCGUUUUGUCCUCUUCCAUUUGGUCAAACGAACCUUGCUUGGAAAAUAUCUUCACGUUGCCGCCGCCUAGGUGGAGCGCAGCCCAAAUACCGGUCGGCCAGGAAGUUGCUUGCCCGUCGUCGUCUUCCCUCCGCUGACCCAACCAAGGCACCAUACGAUGCGUGUGAAGAGCCGUAUCUCUGCGAGUCAGCUUCGCCUUGCCUUUUGUGCACUUGCUGGCUCGCUGAUGUCUUUCGUGCUCCUGGCCACAUAUUCACCGUAUAUUGUGCGGAACUCCACAGUGGGCACCGUUUUCACCAGCAGUGGAACAGCCACCUCGGGGUCGAUAUUCUCCGGAGCUCGAGUGCGCAACUUUCGUGAUACGCGCCCCGUCCGAUUGCUAGGCCCGGCCAGCCACAAGGACUUGGAAACGGUUCUCGCCAGCGGAGCGCCAGUAAAUUGUCGUCUUUGGGCAGUAGUAACUACCAUCUUUACUCCGUCAGAGGCGGUAAAGCGAACAGCAGGCCUACUUCCCGGAUGGUGCAUGGUGGUCGUAGCCGAUCGUAAAGGCCCGAAAGGCUAUGCUAUCGAUGAAGCUCCCGCCAACAUCUUCUACCUUACCACCGCAUAUCAGGAAAAGUGGGCCGCUUUGUCUCCUUUUGUCGACUCGCUUCCUUGGAACCAUUUCGGGCGAAAGAAUGUUGGAUACUUGUGGGCAAUCACGCAUGGCGCGCAGCAGGUGUGGGAUUUCGACGAUGACAAUGAGCUUGUAGGAGACGGCAUCGUCUUUCCGAACGACAGUACACGAAUUUUCAGCUUGCCCAAUUUCGCAGCGGAAGCGCUCAAUCCCUACCCGAUUAUGGGUGCCCCAACCGCCUGGCCUCGCGGAUUCCCUUUGGAGCAAAUAAAGAACGGUUCGACAAUCCCCACGAGUGACGAAGGCUUAUUGGGAAGCUGGGACGCACAGAAAAUAGGAGUAAUUCAAUCGCUUGCCAACCACGAUCCCGAUGUGGAUGCCAUCUACCGACUCACAAGACCAUUGCCUUUGUACUUUGAGAGGCCAUCGCCAAAUGAAAUUCUGCUCAUUCCCCGCAAUACUUUGACUCCGUAUAACGCUCAAGCUACCCUCCAUCUUCACUCAGCGUUAUGGGCGCUUCUACUGCCUAUCACAGUUCAUGGCCGUGUUUCUGAUAUUUGGCGUGGCUACGCGAUGCAGCGUCUUUUAUGGGAUGCGGGACUUCACGUGGCCUUCUCAGGUCCCUGGGUAAGGCAAGAACGUAAUCCUCACUCAUGGCUUGCAGACCUACAGGCCGAGACGGAUCUCUUCGCCAAAAGUGGGAAACUCGUCGAAUUUCUCCAAUCAUGGAAGGGUACGGGAGAAACCCUUCCGGAAAGGAUUGAACAGCUUUUCAUUGAGCUCUACGAACGCUCUUACAUUGAACUUGAUGAUGUUCAUUUGGCGCAACGAUGGGUUGCCGAGCUAGCCUUCGCCGGCUACAUUUUUCCACCGAUCGUGCGGAAACUGACCCUAGCUGUUCGUACUUUUGGCGGUGACAUUGGAAGGCUCAAUGAUGGGUAAGCUUUUGGCCCUGAAUUCCCCAGUUCUCUUGCUAUGGGUUUAUUAAUUGUGAAGCGUUAGGCUGCUUCCGACAAUGGAGAUGUUUGUCGAUAGGGCUGCGAUCGAGGUGAAAUUAGUCUUUGACGAUGAAAAUGAACGAGAUCACAACGUCGGCGACUGCCUUUCCGCCAGCUACUCUAUUG